CAUUUCCAAGCGGGUCAGGGCCGAGCCCGCCCCGCCCGUUCAGGGUAGGGAUUUUUGCGCCCCAGGGGCGGAACCUGGCCGCCGCCAUCACUCCCCAGGCCCUCGGCGCGGCGCCGUGGCGCGAACGGACUACGAAUCCCAGGAUGCCUUACGGCGGCGGAGGCAGCAGACGUGGCACCACGCGGAGGUUGUCCGGAGCCGAUAGCCGGGAGGUGGCUGAGCUGAAGUCAUGGCGGCCAGAUCAGCGGGUAGCGGGGGCUGGGAGGUGGUGAAGAGGGGCCGGCGACCUGGAGCAAGCAGCGGUGGGCGAGGCGGCGGCGGUGGCGGUGACCGCCGGACGCUCGGGGAGGCAAAUGGAGUGUUGAAAUACGACCUGAGCUCACCAAUCCAGACUACAAGCACUCUUUAUGAGCGUGGCUUUGAGAAAAUCAUGAAACGGCAGAAUAAAGAGCAAGUUCCACCCCCUGCUGCAGAGUCUAAGAAACCGAUAAACAAGAAGCAACCAAAGAAGGUGACAGCUGUUCCUAGCCAAAACCAGAAGCAAGGCCCAUUCCGAUGCCUAGAGGACGCACUGAAAGCGCUGGAUGUGGCAGCUCUGCAGAAGGAACUGGACAAGAGCCAGAGCGUGUUCACUGGGAACCCCUCCGUGUGGCUGAAGGACCUGGCCAGCUAUCUCAACUACAAGCUCCAGACUCCACGGAUGGAGCCCACUCUGAGCCAGUAUCCACAUGAUUAUCCCUACAGCCUUGUGAGCCGAGAGCUACGUGGGAUCAUCCGGGGGCUCCUAACCAAAGCUGCAGGGUCUGUGGAGCUCUUUUUUGACCACUGUCUAUUCACCAUGCUGCAAGAGCUGGAUAAAACACCAGGGGAGUCGCUACACGGGUACCGCAUCUGUAUUCAAGCCAUUCUGCAAGACAAGCCCAAGAUUGUCACCUCAAACCUGGACAAGUUCCUAGAGCUUCUGCGGUCCCACCAGAGCCGACCAGCAAAGUGCCUGACCAUCAUGUGGGCCCUGGGGCAAGCGGGUUUCACCAACCUCACUGAGGGACUGAAAGUGUGGCUGGGGAUCAUGCUGCCUGUGCUGGGCAUCAAGGCUCUGUCUCCCUUUGCCAUCGCAUACCUGGACCGGCUGCUCCUGAUGCAUCCCAACCUCACCAAAGGCUUUGGCAUGAUUGGCCCCAAGGACUUCUUCCCCCUUCUGGACUUUGCCUAUAUGCCCAACAAUUCCCUGAGCCCCAGCCUGCAGGAGCAGCUGUGCCAGCUCUUCCCCCGAUUGAAGGUGCUGGCAUUUGGGGCCAAGCCGGAAUCUUCCCUGCACACCUACUUCCCAUCAUUCCUGUCCAGAGCCACCCCUAGCUGUCCUGCUGCCAUGAAGAAAGAGCUCCUGGCCAGCCUGACCCAGUGCCUGACUGUAGACCCCCUCAGCACUAGUGUCUGGAGACAGCUGUACCCCAAGCACCUGUCACAGUCCAGCCUGCUGCUGGAGCAUCUACUCAAGUCCUGGGAGCAGAUCCCCAAGAAGGCACGGAAAUCUUUGCAAGAAACCAUCCAGUCCUUGAAGUUUACCAACCAGGAGCUUCUGAAGAAGGGCAGUGGUGGCAGUGAGCAUGUCCUCACCUGUGACACAGCCUGCAAGGGCUUGUUGCAACAGGCACGAGGUCCUCGGCCACCCUGGGCCCGGCUAUUCCUGCUGCUUCUGGUCUUUGCAGUAGGAUUCCUAUGUCAUGACUUGCGGUCAAACAGCUCUUUGCAGGCCUCCCUCACUGGCCGGCUGCUUCGAUCCUCCGGUCUCUUGCCUGUUGGCCAGCAAGUGUGUGCGAGACUCUCCUCCUACAGCCUGCAAAGCUACAACUGGCUGCAGAAGACCUUGCCAGCCUGUGGCUCCCACCUGCUUGCUGUGGUACAGCCCAGUCUACAGCUGGCCUGGACACACAUCUAUGCCAUAUUCAGCUUCCUUUCUGCCCACUGUGCCUCCUACCUUGCCUGCUUCAGUGAUAGCCUGGCUGGCUUCUUUCAGAGGGUCCAGCUCCCUGAGGCCCUGCAGCAGCUCUUCCAUGCCUUGAAGGAACUGCUGCUGCUCUUCUGCCAUAGCGUGCUGCUGCCCACAUGGCACUUGCUGCUUGCAGCCCUGGCCCAAGUCCAGGAGCAUUGCCACGAGGCCUGCAGAGGGGACGUGACCUGGGACUGCAUUAAGACACAGUUGAGCAGAGCUGCCCAAUGGACCUGGCUCUGCCUGCAGGAUGUCACAGUGGCUUUCUUGGACUGGGCACUCACCAUGAUUUCCCAGCAAUAGAUGCUGCCUGCCUGGCCACUGAUUCUGUGGUGGGCUAGCUAUUGGAGACCGCUGGGGAGUAGAGGAGGCAGCCCUCUUCACUUGGUGCCUGACUUCUGCCUCCUUCCUAGGCAAGAGACCAGGUAUCUGCCUCACUUCUCCAUCUUCAGGAGACUGGACAGGAGCACCGCAGCCUCCUGUCCACAGGUCUGUGAGGUCUCUCAGGCCCAGUUGCACAGCAUCCAAGCCUCUUCUGGGCUGGGAGCCUCUCUCCACUUCUCCCCGUGGUCCUCCCACUCAUCACUCAAGCAGCCACAGUCCACCUCCAAAGAAGAGAAGUGGCCGCCUUUCCCUGUCCCUGGUCAUGACUUAAACCACAGCAGAAAAAAGGAAAGCGCUUCAGGAGGGCCAGCACCACAGUGGGCAGCAACAGUGUCACUUCUACCAGCGGCCUAGGUGACUGUCAGUGGACAUGCAGGCCAUGUGGACAGCCUGUUACCUCAAAACACCCAGAACAAGCACGCCUUCCCAGGAGGCCACUUGUCCCCUACUCUGUCAGAGCCCUGGCUUCUCAACUCCAUUCUGCUCGCUGCUGGGGCUCCUCUCUCUCAGCUUGGUCCACAGCACAGCCCACCUGAAGAGCAGCGUCCUCUGUCAGCCUGCUGAAGGGAGUCAGCAUAUGGCUCCUGGGGAGAAUAAAAGACACAGACUGGA